AUGGCUGGCGUCUCUCGGACUUCCUCUUACGACGUCGAUGUCGCAUCUCAGGGCGAAUUGCACAACAGAGAUUCACGCCUGCAAAAAACAGACUCCAAAACCGAAUUGGAUGUGGCUUACGACAAUCACGGUGGAGAAAUUCACCUGCGGAAAUCUUUCUCCUUAUGGUCGAUCCUUGGGGUGGGUUUUGGCCUAACAAAUUCGUGGUUCGGAAUCUCAGUCUCCAUGGUCACUGGUAUCUCUUCUGGUGGACCCAUGAUGAUUGUUUAUGGUAUCAUAAUCGUGGCUCUGGUAUCGGUUUGUAUUGGGAUAUCUCUGGGUGAACUAUCCUCUGCCUAUCCUCACGCGGGAGGCCAGUUUUGGUGGUCGUUGAAAUUGGCGCCACCAAAGCACAAAAGGUUUGCGGCCUAUCUAUGUGGUUCGUUUGCGUAUGCAGGAUCUGUCUUUACAACUGCUUCUACAACGCUGUCAGUGGCCGCCGAAUUGGUUGGUAUGUACGCUUUGACGCAUCCCAAUUUUGAGGUAAAGAGAUGGCACGUAUUUGUCUGCUUUGAGCUGUUGCAUCUGUUUUUGCUGAUAUUCAAUUGCUAUGGUAGAUCGUUGCCACUUAUCUCGGCGUCUUCGCUGUAUAUUUCUUUGCUAUCCUUCUUCACAAUCACCAUUACCGUGCUUGCAUGCUCCAGUGGUAAGUUUAAUGAUGCCAAGUUCGUCUUCGCAACCUUUUACAACGAAACAGGCUGGAAAAACGGAGGAAUUGCGUUCAUAGUCGGUCUCAUCAACCCUGCAUGGUCUUUCUCCUGCUUGGAUUGCGCCACCCAUAUGGCGUUUGAGGUCGAGAGACCGGAAAGGGUCAUUCCUAUCGCGAUAAUGGGCACUGUCGCUAUUGGCUUUGUUACAUCUUUCUGCUAUGUGAUCUCUAUGUUCUUCUCUAUUCGUGACCUGGCUGGGUUAAUGCAAUCUAACACAGGUGCACCAAUUCUGGAUAUCUACAACCAGGCUCUCGGCAAUAAGUCUGGUGCUAUAUUCUUGGGAUGCUUGGUUUUGUUUACUUCCUUUGGCUGCGUCAUUGCCUGCCACACUUGGCAGGCAAGACUGGGCUGGUCCUUUGCCAGAGAUAGGGGUCUGCCAUUUUCCCGUUUUUGGUCCCAAGUUAACCCGCAGGUGGGCGUCCCGCUGAACGCACAUUUGAUGUCUUGUGCCUGGGUCUCGUUAAUCGGCUUGCUAUAUCUGGCAUCGAGCACUGCUUUCAAUUCCCUAAUCACCGGUUGUAUCGCCUUCUUACUGCUAUCGUACGCCAUCCCGGUCAUAUGUCUGCUGCGUAAGAAACGUCAGAUCAAGCAUGGUCCCUUCUGGCUAGGUCCAGUCGGCUAUUUUGCGAACAUCGUUCUUCUUUGCUGGACAGUCUUCAGCAUUGUCUUCUUCUCUUUUCCUCCAACCUUACCAGUGGAUAGAAACAAUAUGAACUACGUCUGUGUGGUCAUAGUUGGUUUCACACUCUACUCAUUAGCGUAUUGGAGGUUUAAAGGCCGUAAAGAAUUUUCUGCCAUAGCGGAGGAAGAGGAAUUACUCACCAACUUGGUUCCUACAGAAGACUCCGACAUCGAACACAGCCAACCGGAAAUGGUUCUUAUGACUGGCAAAGACUCCAAAUCCAGCGAAUGA